AUGGCUCCAGGAAGAUCGAUCUACUAUUCCAACCGUGCCCUUUGUCACUUGAAGCUCGAGAAAUGGAGCCACUGCCGAGAUGACUGUCAGUUGGCGCUAAAGUUUGAUGCGCUCAAUGCCAAAGCCAGUUACAUGCUGGGCACAAGUUACAUGCAAUUGCUGGACUUUGAUAUGGGCGUGGAAGCGCUGAUAAAGGCACUCAAAAGUGCUAAAAAGACUCAGAAAUCUGCAUCGUUCCAAAACGAUAUCGUCGCAGAGCUGAAGCGAGUCAAGAAGUGCCAGUGGCAUCACGAGCAGCAGCAGCGGAUCGCUCGCCACGUAGAGGCUAUGAGCCAAUUGCGUCGGCUCUUCGGAGACAAUCAGAAAGAUGGAGUGAUGGAUGUGGGGGCAAAUAAUGAUAAGAUUGACGCGUUGAUGGCGUAUGUGGAACACAUGGCGCAAACAUUUGAGAAAGACAUGUACCCGGGCGAGGUGCCUGACUAUUUCAUGUGUCCUAUUAGCAUGGAAGUCAUGCGUGAUCCGGUGACAACGCCUAAUGGCGUCUCAUAUGAACGACACUGUUUGGAAGAACAUUUGCGCUUAAAUGGAACGAUAGAUCCGUUGACGCGCAAGAAACUAACACACGAUAUGUUUCGGCCUAAUACAUCGCUACGCGCUGCAAUUCAAGAUUACCUGGACAAGAACGCGUGGGCUUACGAACAUUAG